UUCUUUAACGACGUGCUCAAGUCUCGGAAGAAUCUGCUCAGAGUUAAGUGAACCAAACCGGAAUUUAGUGCACCUGGAUUGCAGUGCAGUUAAAAGAUGACUGACGCGGCUGAAGAUUGUGAGGAAAAGCUGAGUAAUGUUGAAGAAACUGAUGAAUUAAAUAAUCCUUACGCUUAUCUUGAAAGAGAAGAUUUUACAUCGGAGAAAUUUAAAAUACUUGUUUCUGGACUGCCAAAGUAUUUUGGAAUAAAGCAAGUUAAAAAAUUAUUCAAUGAAAAACUGAGAUUGCAAACUUGUAAGAUAAAACCCUUGAAUAAUAAGCUCAAUUGGAUCUUUGUUAAUUUUCGCAAUGAAGAGGCACGGGAGCAUGGGCUGAAAACUAUCGAUGGGAUGGUUUGGAAAAAUUGCCAGCUUACUGCCAAAAAAGCAAAAGCCGCCCCAGAUCCAUUUAUCAAGCGGAAGUUGGAAGCUGACGAAAAAAAUUGUAAAAAAUUAAAAACCAAUGAUGAGGAUAAUGAUCAAGAGCAAAAGGAAGAAAUUAUUUCGGUGCUUGAUCAAAUAAAAUCUACUACAAUUCCUCUUUGGGAUGUUCCCUAUGAAAAACAGUUGAGUAUGAAGCAAAGUGAGAUGAGAUCGAUUAUUGCCAAACUUGGGCAACUAAUUGCCAGGAAUAAUAGCGGAUUAACUGGGUGGAUUGAAAAACAACGAGCUGUUAAUGAUGGAUUAAUUUGCGAGUUGAAACCAAUUUUAAGUGCUGAGGAAACCAAUGGAUAUAGGAAUAAAUGCGAAUUUACGAUAGGUAAAAAUGAAGAUAACGAAAUUUUAAUUGGCUUUAGAAUGUCCAGUUACGCUGCUGGAUCAACAACUGUGGGGCCAAUUGAUCACUUGUGCCACAUUCCUGAAAGAAUGAAAAUCGCUGUAAGAGUAUUUCAAAAAUUUGUUCGAGAAUCUCAGCUAGAUGUCUAUGAUCCAGUGAAUCACAAAGGAUUUUGGAGCCAAGUUACUAUUCGAGCUACUCGUCUAGGCCAUUUGAUGCUGAUUAUUGGAACUUAUCCCAAGAAUUUACCGGUUGAUAUUUCUUUCGACGAUUUAGUUGCCAAAAUAAUAAAUUUCUUUGAAGAAAGUGACGGGAAAGAAGCUCAGGUCACUUCAUUGUACAUCCAGAUGAUGGGUGGAUCAGAUUCUGACGGAGGAAAUCGUCCACAAGAGAGAAAUGGACCGAUUAAACAUUUAAGCGGUUCAUUACACAUUGAAGAAUCGUUGAUGGGUUUGAAAUUUCGAAUAUCACCCCAAGCGUUCUUCCAAAUAAAUUCUCAAGGUGCUGAAAUACUUUACCAAGCCGCUAUUGAUUUAGCGCAAUGUGAUAAAGAAAACACCUCUCUUCUGGACAUUUGCUGCGGAACUGGAACUAUAGGCCUUUGUUUUGCAAAACACUGCGCGGAAGUUUUGGGCAUUGAGAUAGUAGGCGACGCGAUAAAAGACGCCAAGGAAAAUGCCAAGCAAAAUAAUAUCGACAAUAGCGAAUUUUUCGUCGGGAAAGCAGAGUCUCUGCUGAAAGCUGUCAUCCAAAGGACGAUCAAGGAUAAUAUAAUCGCUGUUGUCGAUCCUCCUAGGGCUGGGCUCCAUCAUCAAGCAGUAUUGUCGCUCCGUAAAACUAAAAAAGUAUCUAAAAUUCUGUAUGUAUCGUGUGACCCUAAAGCGGCUAUGAGUAAUCUAGUUGAUCUAGCCCGUCCUGUUUCCAAACAGUACCUCGGUGAGCCUUUCGUACCAAUCAAAGCUAUACCUGUUGAUAUGUUCCCCAACACUAAACAUUGCGAGUUAAUUAUUUUAUUAGAGAGGCUUUCCUCCACAGCAUCUUAUUCCCCGGAUAGUAAUACAAAAUGUGAAUAAUUUGUAUGUAUUAAAACAAACAUUUAUUAAUAAAUAAUUUUUCUCUA